AUGGUUAAUGAGGUGAAAAAGCGUACGAAACCGUGCAUAUCAUGCAAACUAUCGAAGGUCAAAUGUGAUUAUACGGUCAGUUUACCAUGCAAGCGUUGUCUGAAACUAGGUAUUAACUGUCAAUAUGGCAACAACUCGAGAUCGGUUCCUAUCCCUGUGCCUUUAGCAGGGCCUGUGCAUGCGCAGGGAACUUUACCUGGGAUGGUCCCCAUGCCCAUACCGACGAACGGUAUGCCGCAACCGCAACCACAGCCGCAAAUGCAGCAGCCUCGUAGGGUACCUGCACAGACUAUGAAUAACGUAACAACUGAUUUGAAUAUGCAGGGUGGAAAUAACCCUCAAAUUUGGGCCCAUUCGGUUGAUAACCGAUUAAACAAUUUCGAAUCUUUGCUGGAGACCAUUUUGUCAGCGUUGUAUAAUAAUAAGAUAGAGCAACAGACACGCAUGGAUCAAAUGCAAAAUGAAAUCAAUUCGCAAGCUACUUUAACUCAAAAUCUGAUAACCUCUCAAAAAACUAACAGGCAAGCGCCGAUACGGCUACCUAAUUUGUCUGAGUUAGAACAAUCGAUCGACAUGUCUAAAAGGGUGCAACAUACCAGGCAAGAGUCACCGCCAGUUACUGCAUAUCCAAAAUAUUUGAAUCCCUUAGAUAGAAAUGGUAACGGAAAUGGUGGCCGUACUGAUGAUCAUGAUGUUAAAGAUUUUAGAACAGAAAGCGUGAUAACGAAACAAGAAGCCCACAAACUGUUGGACCACUUCGUGAAAUAUUUCGGUCCGCAUCUGUAUGGCUUCCCAUUUGAUGGUUUAAAUGUAGAUAAUCUUUGGAACGAUUCUCCGUUGCUUCUAGUGGCUAUUUGCACGAUCACUUGCGCCCAUUAUCCUAACCUAGACUCUAAGUUCGAAGCGCUAAACUCAUCAUUGCACUGGUUUGCAUCACAGCUGCUUCGCACUCCUGAUUCGAACAUGAAUCUCGAGCAUGACAUACUUGGUUUGAUCAUAGCAUCCUUAUGGUUAUCACAAAGCAAAAUGUUCAGUUCCCUAGCGAUACAGUUAGCAAGAACCUGGAGAAUCGAUCAACUCUACUCCCCAAAACUCGAGAAAUUAUGGUACCUACUUUAUAUUUUAGAUGGGACUGAAAACCUAACGUCACAUAAGAGCCCUUCGAUUUAUAAAGAUAUGGAACCAAUAAUCAAAGAUUCGAGAAGGAGUGUUAUUGAAAAACUAGAAAACACUUCUACAGAGGGACAAUUCUUCAGAAAGGCACUCAUUGAUUACGAUCAGAAUACAAAACACACCGCUACACAUAAGCAGUUAGAACUAUUGAAUGAGGUGAGAAGUGAGAAGUUUGAGCUCGAUAAUACAACACUACAGGAUUUACGUUUAUUGACUCAAUUAGAGUAUCAUAUGGCAAUGGAAUCAGUAUUUCAUAAUAAAAACACGCACCUCUCCUCUUUGCAUGACGAAUCGUUAGAAGCGACAAUGACUCUUUUACCCACAGAAAAGUUUGGCAUUCCUUGGACCAACAACAUGGAUUUAGAUAAGUGGAUGAUAUCGUGGACCAUUGCCUUACAAAAUAUCAAAAUGCAAAAUGACCCAUGGUGUUUCAAAUCAACACUUUUGUACUAUAACUUUGCUCGGAUGCAUAUUAACACAAAGGCUCUAUUGCAAGGGAAAAAAUCGGCAUUAAUUGGUGAUGUAGGCAGUUCGGAACUAGUAAAUCUAUGGCAUUCCCAAACGCCAACUAACAGGACUAAAGUAGAUAGCACGGAGCUAUCUGCAACGAAGGAAAUAUCACGUUCAUCUGCAAUAACCCUUCUUAAACUAGCCACCAAGGAUAAAGAUCUUGUUCCAAUCUUCCAGUUCUUCCCUGUGCAUAUAUACAUCAUGUUAUAUUAUGCUUCAUUGGUCGUUUUAAAUCCAAGUAUGAUUAAUGAAAUUUCUCAAAAAGAAGCUCAGCAAGGAUUUACGUUAGUGACAAAGUUUAAGAAUGUGCUUGAAGAUGUUGCGAUAUCUGAUAGAGUGCUAAAGAAGAAUUUAGUUAAAGCUUUGAGUCAGCUAUUGCAGAACUUCAAGUUGGAGUUUUCUGCAAUCAAUAAGGAUUCAAGAAAGGUAUACGAGCUUAUUGAUCACGAGAAAACAACGACCCCAAAUGAAAAGCAAAGACCAAUUCUCGCAUGGCCUGGGACUAAUCCAGGACAUCCAUAA